AUGAACCAUCUUUCUCCAAGUGCUCCAAUUUCCUCCCAGAGUCCAAAACCGUACCGGUCAGUUAUAGUAAUUACAUGUGUUUGCACUGUACUGCUGCCGCAAAAAAAAGCUUAUUGUUGUCACGUGUACAGAGAUACGGUGAAAAGCUGGUCUUGCACACACAGCUCAUACGAUCAAAUCAUUCCACAGUGCGUUGAGACAGAACAAGGUGAAACACUGAAGUGCUACACCUGCAUCUUUCCAGCUCUGACACCGAGUGACUGCCUGAAGUUCCCAAGGAUGUGUAUGCCCACGGAGACUUGCUUCACCAGCAAAGCUGUUGGAACGAAGGGACAGCAGAAGCUGGUGCUGUACGAGAAGGGCUGUGUGUCCACGUCUCUGUGCGGCGUCUGCGGGACCAAGACGGCCAUGGGCAUCGUGUUCUCCUACAACAACACCUGCUGCGACACCGACCUGUGCAACGCGGGGGUGGGAGCCAGAGCUCCCCCGUACCUGGGCCUCGGGGGCCUGUUGUUCAGCAUUCUGGGUCCUGCCCUCCUGUGAGACGCAGGUUGACGAGGCUUGAGCUGACCCCUGGAUACCCGAAAACCAUUGACCAACUCAGAGUCAAUCAACAAUGUGGCAGACCCUGCAGACUAACAAGUGCAUGCUGACCAAGACUCCCCUCUAAGCCAGUCCCAUUCACCACCGUUUGCCCCACAUCCUCCUAAACCAGGAGUUCCCAGUCUUUUUAAUGUAUGGGCCCCUACCAUUAACUGAGGGGCCUGUGGACCCCAGGUUAGGAACCCCUGCUCUAAGCAUUCCCAUCCAUGUACCUGUCCAAUUAUUCUCCAAAGGUUGUUAUUGUACCUGCCUCUGGCAGCUUGUCACAUAUACGGACCACCCUCUGGAUGGAAAAAAUUAUCCCUCAGGUUCCUAUUAAAUCCCUCUCCCAUCUCACCUUAAACCUGUGGCCUGCAGUUCUUGAUUCCCCUACCCUAGGAAAAAGACAGUGCAUUCACCCUAUCUAUGCCCCUCGUGAUCCUCUAUAAGGUCACCACUCUAUCGCCUGUGUUCCAAGGAAUAGAGUCCCAGCCUAUCGACCCUCUCCGUCAGUCUCUCAAUUCCUGGUCUAUCCUUAUAAGUCUUUUCUUUAUUGUUAAACAUCUUUCCUAGAACUGGAUGGUCCAGACUGAAUGUGGUACCUGAAUAUGGCCAUCAAAGGUCAUUUGGCACAUUAAUCUGCUCUGCCAUUCAAUCAUGGCUGACUUUUCUUCACAUCCUUUGAUGUGGGCACCUUUAAGGCAGCGUGUGUAACGUCAGCUUUACUGCUCAGAGAGUGUUGCAAGAAUAUUGCUUGCUGGGAUUUGAGUGGGGUCUCAGUGCUCCAGACUGCACUAAGUUCCCCGCUCGCUGUGAGGGGGGGGGGGGGGGGGACAUCGCUUUUUCCCUUUAUCAGGGUGAGAAAGAGCCUGUGGCAUGCUGAAUUGUCGGG